AUGGCAUUCAUGCUAAGGCGGCCGUUUGCCGUUGCAACGGCCUUCAAACAAGCUGCACCUCGAAGUGCAAACCUCAGCGCUCGAUACUUCCACAAUACCCCAUUCAAGAGUUCUUCAGCUUUCAAGCCAUCGACACCUACACGCCCAUCUUCCAUCCUCGCACGAUCGCGACAGACCUUCCAGAAUGCUUUCCGCCGCACAUACAUGCAAGAGACAUACCAAGUCGACCGCGGUAAUUUGACUCAGAAACUGCUGUAUGGAGCCGCGAUCGUUGGUGGAACUAUUUUGGCCACGAACCUGGUCUUCAACCGCGAGACUCGUGACGAUGGCGGCAUGCCAACUUACGAAAGACAAUACCUGAACGAAACAUUCAUGCACACUGGUCUAGGUCUUGGUAUUAUUGCUAUUGCCGCUCGUGCUUUACAUAGCAGUGGGUGGUCUGUUCGCUUGAUGGCCUCAAAUCCAUGGGCUGUCGUUGGUCUCGGACUGGUUGCCAGCAUUGGUACCAUGUACGGAACGAUGUAUACUCCUCCUGAAAAUUACAUGCUCAAAUACGCCCUAUGGACCGGUUUCAAUGUCACUCAGGCUGCUCUCUUGUCGCCUUUAAUGUUCCUGUCGCCUGCUCUGCUCGCUCGUGCCGGUCUCUACACCGUUGGUAUGAUGGGCUCUAUUGCCUUUGUCGGUGCCACUGCCAAACAGGAGAAGUACCUCUACCUUGGCGGCCCUCUUCUUGCCGGUGUUGCCGUUGUCGCCAUUUCUGGCUUUGCUCCUCUCGUGCUUCCAGCCACUGCCGCUCGUACGUUGAUGUGGUCUGAGCGUAUCUGGCUCUAUGGAGGUCUUGCUGUCUUUGGCGGUUUCACGCUCUACGACAUUCAGAAAAUUCUGUAUCAUGCUCGUCUUGCUGAGCGUGGUGUAGUCCGCCGAGACCCAGUCAAUGAGAGUGUCAGUCUCGAACUUGACUUCAUCAACAUCUUCGUUCGUAUGGUGCAGAUUCUCGCCGAAAUGGAAAUCGAUCCUCCAGUGGGUGACAACGCGGCUCCGUCAGGAAGCUCGGAAGCAAAGACGCAAGCUGGAGCUGUCGCAGUGCGGAGUAUCGAGGGAUGGAUCGUCAUCGCUACAAAUAUUCACGAAGAAGCUUCUGAAGAGGAUGUGACGGAUUUCUUUGCCGAACAUGGCGAGAUCAAGAACUUCAACCUCAAUCUCGAUCGUCGUACCGGUUAUGUCAAGGGAUACGCACUUAUUGAAUACUCGACCCUUCCCGAAGCUCGCUCUGCCAUCGAGGCCCUCAAUGGUGCCAAGCUACUCGACCAGACUCUCAGUGUGGACUACGCUUUUGUACGGCCGCCCCCAGGAAACAAGAACAAGGGUGGCAAUAAUCAGAGAGGAGGUCGUGGUGGACGACCACGCAGCAGAAGUCGCGAGCGCAGUCGCAGUCCUGGAGCCGACAAUGGAAGGGAGUAG